AUGGCGAGUCUUGAUCCGCUGGUGCAGCGUGUCCUCUCGCAGCAGCGACAGCUGAAUCGUCAGGCUGACAUGUACGACUGGAACGCGCGGCGAGAAGACAUUGUGGAUGAUGACGAUAUGAUGCCGAGUCAAAUGAUCCGCGAAACUGUGGAAGAGUUGGACGACGACACAAUCUUCGAUGCCAUGCGAAUCAUGUACCAUAGCGAGGCGUUGAUGGAUCUGCUAGACCUGGUCAAGGGAACAUUCCGUGGGUCGACGCGGGGACUUGAGAUCGUGAAUGACCCCGUGCGGCUGGAGGUGCGUCGACGGACACUCGUGCUAGAACUGCUCAAGAUCAUGAUGGACAGUCAUGUGAAGCAGCGGAAGGGCCAUACUGUGUUUUGCACGCAGCUCGUGGACAUCUUGCGUCGAGAAAUCGACAUCUUGGACAUGCCUAGCUUGCCGCUGCUCAUCGAACACAUCCUCCAUUCCAUCGAGCAAGCGUACCGCAACCAAGAAGAAACCGCCACGUGCGUCCCAAUUCCCCUUCCCACCGUGGAACUCCUUCCGCAUUUGUUUGGACGCAUGAUGUACUUUGCCAAGGUGCCGCUUCCUUCCACCAUCGUGUCCAACUGGGACUUUAGCGACGGCGAUCCGUGGACAGGGGCGUUCUACGUGAACAAGGCACUCGAACGACUGACGACAGCUCGAUGGCCCCAGCGUCUGGUGUGCCAGUUGGUGGAUGUGUUUCGCGAAAUGGAAUUGACACCAGUCCAGCAUCAUCGCAUGUGCGCCAAAUUCAUCGCCCAAGUGGACGUCGAAAUGACGGCGGCGGCGGACGACGACACGCAGCAACCGGACUUUGCCAUGUUGCCCGGCCUUCUAUACCAUCUGCAGCUGUUCGUACAGCACACGCCGCCCGCCGUCAAGCGCGACGUGCUGCAGUGCUGGAUCCAGUACAUGCUGCGCCUGGCUACAGAAGCCAAUCGCGUAGAAGCGCACCGGCGGCUCUUUGCGAAUCUCCAGUUCGGCGCCCAGGAACUCCGGGCGUUUCAAGCGACCAUGUUGUACCAGCUGGAUAAACUCGUACUCCAAGACGAGUCGCUGGGCGGGCUGCUUCUAGAGUUGCUGCAACCGUCGAAAGGAUGGACGUCCGUCCACGUCGCGCUCAUGCUGUUGCUGCAUGUCCACGCCAAGUUUGCCCCAGCUAUCGACAAAUUGUGUGUCCACGCGUUUGCAACCAUGCCCGACCAAGACGCGGCUUUGUCCAUGUUUCUAGACGUGAUCGCGUCGUCAGCCCAAGGUCAAGUGGAAUCUCUCGUCAUGAGCGCAGUUGCAGUCGGGUUUGUAUGUCUGACCAGCUCGCCACCUUCUUGUUUAAAGCAGUCGUCGUCUCCAUCUGUUGUGGUUGAUCUUGGCAUCCAGGUCCUUCGACAUGCAUUCCACCAGCAUCCGUUUGUGCGCACGUCCAUAUUGGACAGACUCACCACGGCGCUACGGCAGCAUGUAUCCUCCUCCUCCUCUAUUGACAAGAUCAACAACCUCGUCGUCCCCAUCCACGUGUUCAUUCUCGCGCCCGUCAAGCUCUUGGCAACGCUAGUCGACACCUGUCUCCUCGACCUGGACGCGCCGUUGCUCGACCGAGUCCGCGACUUGAUUGACCACCUCCCGGCGUUCCCCCUGCACGUGGCUACACCCAUCUUGGCCGCCCUUGGCCCUCUAUUGCGCCAGAAAAUACCCCUCCGGAACGCCCUCGUUCUGACCAUGCGCAAAGCCAUGUUCAAGCGGGAUGUGGCGCCGCGCACCGUGGGCGUCGUCGGGUUGUGCGCCGUGUUGGAAUGCGCGAUGCAUGCCAACAACGCCCGCCCCAUCUACCUCACUCAACGACGAACUAGUACUACUACUCCUGCUAUCUUGUUUUCGGCGAGCCAACAAGGAGGACUACAGAUGAGCCAGUCCAUCUUGGACAGCCACGACGUCGACCAAGGGAACGUUGUGAGUGUAUUUCGCCAGUUUGCGUCGCUCUUUCGAAAGGCCCUAACGUGCCAGCGCCAAGUCCGACAAGUGCUGUACAGGCAGUGUAAAACCAUGACCAAGCAGUGCCCCGCCUUACGCGGCGUCGUGCUGGAUCUGCUUGGGCCUCACCUGCAGACGUACGUUGAACCCAAUGAAGCGCUCAGCCCGCCCUUGUACUUGACGGAAGUGGACGAUGUGCCGCUGCUGCUGGACGCGGUCGUCGCAUGUGAACAAGGCGACGCUGUCGGGUCUGUCCUCGAGCGCCUCAAACAUGUCGACAUGGAGGACUUUGAACUGGAUAAAACCUGCGACGCGGUUGUCCACGGGUCGCCCACGCAUCAACGGGCAAACGAUGUCGUGGCUUUAUGUGACGUGGUGCUGAAUUUUAUAUGGGAACAAGACUCGAACGGACCCGUGUUGAGCUUGGAGCAACGUAUGGACAGUUUAAAGCUCAUGGAAGUCCGCCAUAAGGUCAAGCUAUUGAUCCAGUCGAAUCAGCUGCCCCACCACCAAAAAGCUGGCCGUUCAUCCAAAGCAUUGGACAAAAUGCAUGGCAAACCUCCUCCUCACCUUGUUAGCUACAACCACGAGAUCCAUCACAACAAUAGCCCCACUCUCUUGGAGCCAUGUUAUGUGGUACACCAUCGAUCGCUUUUGAUUGUGCUGGAGAGUAUGACGCGCCAAAUCGACUCGAAUUUGAACCAGCCCACGGCUUAUCAGUGCAUCUUGGAGCUCUGCGACACGUUCAUGCGACACUGGCUGGCGGAAAAAGCUCUCUUGUGGCUCCAUCCCAAGGCCCACACGGUGUUAUUUCGUAUGUCUCGGCGGAUGCAAGUCGAGUUUCUCACGACGUUGGCGGCGUUAUUAUGGAAAGCAUCGGAAGAGUUAUUCGUUGAACAAGUGGUGGUUGCGCAGCCAAAUAUACCGUCCAACAAAGCCAAACAACGAUCAUUGGCGAAAUCCACAUCGCCAGUCGCGUUGUCGCUGCACUCUGUCGCAUAUUCUGUGCUUGCGAUGGUGUUUGACGCUGCCGCUGGUACCGUGUCACACGUCGACGCCGUGCUUUGCGCGAUGAUGGCAGCCCCAUCGACCGACCACCCCCGUCGCGAGGAAGUAAUAGCAAUGCACGGGCUGGCGCUGCAGAAAAAAGUAUUUGGGCUCAUUCGAACCAACCACUUGGUCGAAGCCCACGGUCUGCUUGACUUGUUGAUCCGCCACGUAUUCCCAUCCUACUCUGUCGACAUGACUGAACGUGCGCAAAAGUGGAUGGAGGCAGUGUGCUCGACCCAACCAGCCCUAGCCACACAUAUGCCCAUCGUAACGACGUUUGUGUCGUCGCUGUUGAAAUCGCCCACCACGUGGCUACGGAUGGCCAAUGCCAUCCACCGAUUUCUAAGCCCAGACAACCACGAGAACGAUGAAGAAGGAGAAGAAGAAAAAGCCGAGAACGAUGAUAAUAGGUCCCUCGCCUGCUUAACGUUGCAAACUGUGGCCCCCAUCACAACGUUACUCGUCCAAGUGCUGGAACAAGGCAUGGCCGAUGUCGACCGCGAACUCAAAGGCAGCCACCAUAUCCACCACCACCUCCGUGGCCCUUCUUCUUCUUCUCUGUCGACGGACGGGUGGGAAGACGCGACGGUGUUCAACCAACUGACUCUGGUCGCGCACGCGUGUGCGCCACUCAUGUCGACAUCAUACCCCACACAGACACUCACGGCGCGCGUGAUUCGCUGUAUAUUGCGGCUAUAUAAGCUCAGCACGGCGGUAUUGCAGCGCCAACUGCGCUUGAAAGUUCACACAGUCCAACCGUCCAUUCGUGCCUUCUUGGAUGCAUCGAGUCGCCAACUCACUCCAUUGGUACUCCAGUUCAUUGCCUGCAAUCAUGAAGACAACAAGCGCAAAGCCACGGCGGCGGCGGCGGCUCUGUCGAAACAGAGAAAAGGCCGCCAAGAUGCCAAGUUGAUCCCUGACUUGAUUUUUCAAGUCGAGCAGUACGACGUUGUGAUCAUCAAGCUGUCCAAACUGUGCAAGAGUGUCAACUUUAGCCGGUGGUGUGUCCGCCGCCAAGCGCGCGAUUUCAAGCUCAAUAUGGACACUGUAUCUCGUCUAUUGCCUGGUGAUCAUGACGACGAAGAGCAAGACAACGACCCCCCCCACAACGACACCAAUAAUCAUCGUAAUCAGCAUCAAGUCCGACUUCAGCAUGCCAGCCAUAUGCGUGCAAGUGCCGAAACGCGGCAAACCGCCGCCAUGGACGACAUGGAACAUGACGAAGUGGCAGAAGACAAUGACGUCCAAGAUGACAUGGACAUGCCAUCAUCUGGUGACGAAAGCGAUGACGUGCCUGCGACGGCCAGGCAAGAAGAAGAAGAAGACGACGAAAUGGCGUCGCGCCAUGUUAAGCGCCGUCGACGCGUCGUAGAGGAGGAGGACUAAUAUACCGUCUAGUUAUUGAUACAGGAAAUCGCUAGUAAUACUAGUAGUAGUAGUA